AGGCCUAUAAUUCACAGUAUAAACAAACUUCUGUCAUUGUGAACACAGCCAUACACAGACGAGAUUGUUGCUAAAUAUUCGAAAAUACAAUUUUCACACAAAUUUAAAAAGAAAAAUGAUUUGUAGAUUGUGCUUAGGUAAAUCAGAAGAGUUUUUAGAAAUCUUUGCGGAUGAUGGUAAAAUAGUCGAGGGAGAAGUCGUAGAGGUCAUAGAGAAUCAUUUCAAAAUUGUGGUUCAAUUCAACGAUAAUGUUUCUAAUAAAAUUUGCGUUGGUUGCUGGCAAUAUCUUAAUGAAUUCCAUCAAUUCUGGUUAAGCAUUAAAAAGAAGCAACAAACCCUGCAAAAGGAUUUGGCUCCUGUACGAAUAAAAAACGAUAAUGCAACUGCAUCUGAGCAAAUAAAUUCAACAUUUGAAUAUAAAAAUUCUACAUUGUGUGAACCUGAGCUGAUUAUAAAUGAUAUAAAAAAGGAAACAGAUGUAUCUGCCGAAGUGGAAAUGGAUGAUGCGAUGAAUGAUGACUCGCUACUGCUGCCUUUUGAUGAGCCCUCUAACUACAAAGAAGAAAUUUUACCUUUUAUGGCGCAAAAAUUCGAGGACAUGAAAACCCAGUUAAAAGUUGUAGUGGAGGCACUCGCUGAGCAGAAAGUCAUGAUAGGCCAACUCCUGUGUCAGCAAGUAGAAGAACUGCCAUUCCGCCUUAAUUUCCCCAUUAAUUCCGAGGAAGAGCUAGCCCAAUUAAAUGAGGAAAUAAAUGAAGCCAAUAGAGACUCGUAUAUUAAAACAAUGAGAAUCAUUUUGCAACCAGCUGGUGUACUUAAAUCUAUGAAAUGCAUCCUAACGGACCGACUAAUUAUGGGAUUCAAUGUGGAUGGAGUGCAAGGAAAAAAAUCUUUGAAAAUUUUUAGAAAUUUUUAUGGAGCUCUGCUGGAAUCAAUUCCAGUUUCGGACACCUCAGGAUCGGCCGAAAUGCAACUGCGCGAAGCUAUUAAACGUCAAAAGAAUAGGCUUAUUAAAAGUAUUUCUAAAGAAAAGAAAGUAUGUGGAACACCUGAUGUGAUGUUCGUGAGGCGACGGGUUGGCGAGGAAUACCAUCCGGAUUGCGUGGUAUCCACUGUCAAGCAUGGAGGAGGCAGCAUUAUUGUUUGGGGCUGCAUGGCUACUUAUGGUGUCAGAGAAAUGUUCAUUUGCGAGGGUCGCAUGAACAGUCAAAAGAGCAUAAAUGCAUUAGAAACUGUACUUUUGGCUGCGAUAAGGUACCUUUUCCGCGAUACUAAUUUAGAUAAAGUGCAAUUCCAACAAGACAAUGUUUGUUUAUAG